GAUUUCGACUCAUCGAAGACGGCCCGUUGCAUGAUGUGCACGCUUUGAGAGACGUUGCUGUUCCGGCCCUGCUCACGUUUUUCAACACGGGCAUCAACAUGGGCUUGAACCUGAUUUGCCCGUUGCUGUUCAUCCCUGGCUUCCGAUUCGAGAUGACCCAUUUCGACGCGAUGCGCGUGCUGGAUUUAGGCUGCAGCCAGUGGAUCAUCGGUUCCAUCUUCCUUUUGCUGGUCAGGAAGAAUUUCGCCCGCUCGAGGCGCUUCAAGGCCAAGGGCCGCAGGGAGGACAACGUGGACUUCCUCAGAAGGCGGAUGAAAGCCUUCUACCGCGCGAGCCCGAACACCAGAGUAGGGACCAGGCUGAAGCAGGGGUUUCGCAGCCGAGUUAAUAAGAUUAAGCUCGAAAUGUUUUCAAAAGGCCGCUUGAAGGCCAAGGCGGCUGAAACGAGGCACUUACUGCCUCUGGCGGAGACCCUUCUCGAAGAGAACGCGGGUUUGCUAGGUCCUAAGGAUCGCUAUCUACAGUUUGCGAUCAAGGAGCUGAAUAAGGCUCACGAGAUAAUGAAUAGUGAGCCCCGCGUCAUGUCUGACGCUGGCAGGCGGUCCCUGCAGAAGGCCAUGUUGCGAUACCUGCAAUUUUGGCAGUCCUGGGGCGGCCACGCGGUCUUCAAACACCACGUG